AUGGCGUUUGCUGCUAUAGUUCUUACAGUGUCUCUCCAUGCGUCCCAUGGCGUGAUGGCGGUGGACAAGGUUCCACAGGGACAGGAAGUGAAGGGGCAGAAUCAGAACAUGCUCAAUAUCACCGCCACCAGUGUAGAAGACCUGAAUGACCUCCUGGCACAUGUUACCUACACCAGUGAAGUUUACCUCUUAAAAGCAGGCGAUCUGGUGCACUUCACCUUUGAGGAUCAUGAGGUCAUCUUCCCGAUCAUAAUCAAGAAGCCUACGCUUCCUGUUCUAUAUGACCUGGGUGAAGACGUUAAUUCUCAAGUGACCAUCACUAUAAAAACAUUCUUAAGAUACGAAGAGCUGAGGGUCUUGAUCAAAAGCAUCAGGGAAAGAUACCCGGAUAUUCGAAUCAUCAUUGCAGAUGACAGCCUGAAGACAGAAAAAGUGGAGGGCCACAAUAUUGACCAGUACAUCAUGCCCCCAGCUCAAGGCUGGUUUGCUGGACGGAACCUAGCCGUCUCUCAGGUCACAACCAAGUACUUCCUGUGGGUGGACGAUGACUUCCAAUUCCUGAACGAGACCAAAAUUGAGAAGUUUGUGGAGAUCAUGGAGUCUAUGCCAGAGCUGGAUGUGCUGGGUGGGUCUGUUGGCUCGAACCGCUUCUACUUCACUCUGAAGCAUGAGGAGGGGGCGGAUGGGGAAGGUGGGUGUCUGUCUCGUCUGUCCAAGUUCCACAAACAGCUGCCUGGGUUUAAGGACUGCGUGCUAGUGGACGGCGUGGUCAACUUCUUCCUGGCCAGAACAGACACCGUCCGCAGUGUGGGGUUUGAUCCCAAGCUGAGAAGAGUGGCCCACUCUGAGUUCUUCAUGGAUGGCCUGGGACGUUUGCUGGUGGCCUCCUGCCCUAUGAUGGUUGUUGGGCACCAGCCAAAGCAAGCCCACUCAGAUUACACAAAGUUCAGGAGACCAGGGAAAGUAGACACAAAUUCUAAACUACGCCUGCAUUACUUCAAAAACCAUCUGAAAUGUGUUGCAUAUUGA